GGUUUUUGAAUAUACGUUAGAUGAGUAAAACCAUGACCGUUUCAGUAAAGGGAGUCAUUCAACACGGAAGACUCAGUUUGGUUUGCUGUUAAUUUCUUCCUUUUAGAUCUGCUUCAUUUUCACUUCUUAUUCACGAUCUCGAAGAAACUGAGAACCCACAGCCAAACAAGUCACAACACUCUUUUUUACUGCACCGACGAUUAUUAUUUUCACCGAUCCGACACUUCUCCUUUACAGGUGCCAUUAGUGUAUCAUGUGCUAUGCUUAUGAGACUUAUCUACUGUACGAUGAUGGUCAAUGAGCUUUUCAUGUACAUUGCAAGAAUGGACUAGAAAACUCUGGCGUGAAGAGUAACUUUGCUUAGAACUUGUAAUCUCUGCAAGGAUGGUGCUCAACAAAGUUACAGAAAUUGUUUCCGCUGCAGUGGCUCGUAUCUCGACCCCAAAGACGUCUAACACUCCAUAUCCAUCAUCGGCGUUACCACCCCUUCCAGGUUCACUUAAUGUUCCCAGCUUAGAUCAGAAGAACAAGUUGAGACUUUCCUCAUCCCUUCAAGAUCUUGCUGCAUACCGGCGGCUUGAUCUGGAAGAUGGCGGUCCUAACCCUGAAAUAGAGAGAGGUUCAACUAAUUUAAAACGGCUAAACUUCCAGAGAGAAAAUUUGGGUACAAGCUUCUCGAAGGUGAAGGGGACACCGGCAGUCACUUCUGCACGGACAAAAUGGAGACGAGUUAUCUUAGUUCUCCUGUGCUUGCUAUUGGUUGCAUUUCUCCUAUAUGUGUUGUUUUUCCAUUUUAACUUAUUCCAUGGAGAGUCAAAGUAUUAUGUUGUGCUUGAUUGUGGUAGCACCGGGACUCGUGUUUAUGUAUAUCAAGCGUCUCCUAACUAUAAAAAGGAUAAUGACCUCCCUAUUAUAUUGAGAUCACUGCCAGAGGGUUUCAAAAGAAACUCAAAAUUACAGAGUGGACGGGCUUACAAUAGAAUGGAGACAGAACCCGGAUUUGACAAGUUGGUGCACAACACAUCUGGCUUGAAAAAAGCAAUCAAGCCACUAAUUAGAUGGGCAGAGAAGCAAAUCCCUAAGCAUGCACAUAAAACUACUUAUCUCCAUCUUUAUGCUACGGCUGGGGUCCGCAGGCUGCCAAAAUCAGACUCAGAAUGGCUUCUUAACAAUGCUUGGUCCAUUCUGAAAAGUUCGCCUUUUUUAUGCAAGAGAGAAUGGGUCAAAACUAUCACUGGCAUGGAGGAAGCCUAUUAUGGAUGGAUAGCUAUGAAUCAUCAUACUGGUAUAUUGGGGACAAAACCUAAAAAGGGAACAUUUGGUGCACUUGACUUAGGUGGCUCAUCACUGCAGGUUACUUUUGAGAGCAAGGAAAAUCUCCCUGAUGAAACCAGCUUAGAGCUGAAUAUUGGUGCCGUUAAUCAUCAUCUCACUGCUUAUUCCUUAGAAGGAUAUGGCCUGAAUGAUGCUUUUGACAAGUCUGUAGUUCAUCUUCUCAAGAGGCUUCCCAAGAUCAGUGAUGUAGAUCUCGCCAGUGGAAACAUUGAGAUCAAGCAUCCGUGCCUGAAUUCUGGUUACAAAGAGCAAUAUAUCUGUACUCAUUGUACUUCCCUAUACCAAGAAGGCGGUAGUCCUUCCACUGGUAGAGAAGUUAAAGGUAGAGGUGGAAAGCCUGGAGUUCGCGUUCAGCUUGUCGGAGCUCCAAAAUGGGAGGAAUGCAAUUCACUUGCAAAAUUUGCUGUUAAUUUUUCUGAAUGGUCUAACAAAAGUUCAGGAAUUGAUUGUGAGUUGCAGCCCUGUGCUCUUGCAGAAAAUCUUCCUCAUCCUUUUGGCCAGUUCUAUGCUAUGUCUGGUUUCUACGUGGUAUAUCGUUUUUUCAACUUGACCCCUGAUGCUGCCCUGGAUGAUGUAUUAGAAAAGGGUCAUGAAUUUUGUGAUAAGACUUGGGAUAUUGCAAAGACUAGUGUCGCACCUCAGCCUUUCAUAGAACAGUAUUGCUUCAGGGCACCAUACAUUGUCUUUUUGUUGAGAGAAGGCUUGCACAUUACUGACAGGCAGGUAACCAUUGCUUCCGGAAGUAUUACUUGGACACUUGGUGUUGCGCUGUUGGAAGCUGGAAAGACAGUUUCAACUGGGGUGGAACUUAUUAGUUCCAAGCUAUUUCUCAUGAAGAUGCACCCAGUUAUUCUUUUUGCUAUUUUGUUUGCUUCAUUAGCUGCACUUCUUUGUGCAUUAUCAUGUGUUAGCAAGUGGAUGCCCAGGUUCCUCCGUAGGGCAUAUCUUCCUCUUUUCAGGAAUAAUAGUGCUGCAUCCACAUCUAUAAUCAACAUUCCAGCACCUUUCAAUUUCAGACGGUGGAGUCCUGUUAUUACAGGCGAAGCAAGAGUGAAAAUGCCACUCAGCCCAACAAUUGCUAAUACUCAACAGAGACCAUUUGACACUGGGCAUGGUUUUGGUGGCAACGGUAUCCAGCUUGGUGAAUCUUCCUUAUACUCAUCGUCUAGUAGUGUAGCACAUAGUUUUUCAUCAGGUAGCUUGGGGCAGAUGCAAUUUGAAAGUAGUACCACGGGUUCCUUCUGGUCGCCACAUAGAAGCCAACAACGUCUACAGAGCAGGAGAUCUCAAUCACGAGAAGAUCUUGUUUCUUCGCUGGCUGAAGUUCCCUUGCCAAAGGUCUAAAUCUUAUUGGUCAUAUUUCAUUCGGAAGAGAAAAUCAUGGGGCUGAUGAUUUCUAAUGGCUCAUUAGCCAAAUUGCAAAUAACCAUCGGCUGUGAAUCUCAUGACAUAUGCCUGUCCAAUGUUCUCCUUUAGAGGCACGAUACUCAAGACUUGUGGAAAGCUUAUUCAUCCGACAUUGCAUAACAUAGAUUCAUAACACGGAUAUUAUCAGUCAAGAGAAGUCUGGCAUCAUUAAUUGAGGCAGCUGUGCAGAACUGCAGAAUAACUUUUUAUUAUGUGGAGCUUGACAAAGAUAUUCAUCCUGUGAAUAUUAGGUAUUCGACUGCCAUUCCAAUUUGAUAGUCCAAGUUUCACAUGAUCGGAUGGGAGCGAUGCAAUUGCAUCUUGCAGAAACCACUGGUGGAGGUUCUCUAAUGCGAAUGAGGUUGACAGCUUGUAAAUGGUCAAAUUGGUAGACCUCAGGUUAGGUUAGCUCGAGAUUUUGGUAACGCAUUCUCUUGUGAUACUUAACACGUUAUACGAUCCCUUGAUUCUUUCAUACUACCGAUUAUUCUAAUGUACUGUUAUUUACAGAAUCCAACAUUUUCAGAAACUACAAUUUAAGCCUAAUGUUUGGUAGAAUA